GGGCUCAUUAAGGCGGCAGGUAGGCAGUGUCCCGGCCGCGGCGGCGGCGGCAGGCGGGCCUGGAAUGUGCGAGGGGCGUGAUGACAGCGACUGCCGCCGGCCUCUUUGCGCAACACCUUGGCUAUAUAUACCCGGGGCGCCGCGCCACCGUACCUGGUGCCUCCUCCAGUCCCUUACCUGCGAAGGGAGCGCUGAUCAUGGCUCCUUGGCCUGAGUCGGAAAAUGCCCAGUCUGACCCCAACAAGUAUAUCGAGGGGGUUGCAGAUCAGCAGCCUGCUCCUCCAGCCAAAGACAAAGACAAAAGUGAUAGCAAUGCUGCCGUAACCAAGAUCGAGCUCUUGCCAUCCUACUCCACUGUGGCACUGAUAGAAGAGCCUGCCGAGGUCAAUGACCCCUGGAACCUGCCUGAGCUCCAAGAUACGGGGAUCAAGUGGUCAGACCGAGACACCAAAGGGAAGAUUUUCUGUGUCCUCCAAGGAAUUGGGAAGUUCCUUAUGCUCCUGGGAUUUCUCUACUUGUUCGUGUGCUCCCUGGAUGUCCUCAGCAGUGCCUUCCAGCUGGUUGGAGGAAAGGUGGCCGGGCAGUUCUUCAGCAACAACUCCAUCAUGUCUAACCCCUUGACGGGGCUGGUGAUCGGCGUGCUGGUGACUGUCUUGGUGCAGAGUUCCAGUACCUCCACGUCCGUCGUUGUCAGCAUGGUGUCUUCUUCCCUGUUGACCGUGCAGGCCGCCAUUCCCAUCAUCAUGGGGGCCAACAUCGGGACCUCCAUCACCAACACCAUCGUGGCGCUCAUGCAGGCAGGAGACCGGAGCGAGUUCAGAAGGGCUUUUGCUGGGGCCACCGUCCAUGACUUCUUCAACUGGCUCUCAGUGCUCGUUCUUCUGCCACUGGAAGUCGUCAGCCAUUACUUGGAGAAUCUGACCAGCGUGGUGGUGGAGAGCUUCCACUUCCAGAAUGGAGAAGACGCCCCAGCACUUCUGAAAGUUAUCACGGAUCCCUUCACGAAACUCAUUGUCCAGUUGGACAAAAAAAUUAUCAAUCAAAUUGCGAUGAAUGACGAAUCAGCCAUAAACAAGAGUAUGAUCAAGAUUUGGUGCCAAACUUUAACCAAUGUGACUGAGAUGAAUAUCACUGUGCCCUCACCUGUCAACUGCACUUCCCCUUCCCUCUGCUGGACUGAUGGAGUUGACACCUGGACCUUGAAGAACGUCACCCACAAGGAAAACAUUGCCAAGUGCCAGCACAUCUUUGUGAAUUUCAACCUCCCGGAUACGGCUGUGGGUUCCAUCCUGCUGAUCAUCUCUCUGAUGGUUCUCUGUGGCUGCCUGAUCAUGAUCGUCAAGCUCCUGGGCUCCGUGCUGAAGGGACAGGUGGCUGUUGUCAUCAAGAAGACCAUCAACACUGAUUUCCCCUACCCCUUUUCCUGGCUGACUGGCUACCUGGCCAUCCUCGUCGGGGCAGGCAUGACCUUCAUCGUGCAGAGCAGCUCCGUGUUCACGUCCGCCAUGACCCCGCUGAUCGGUAUUGGAGUCAUAAGCAUUGACAGGGCCUACCCACUCACGCUAGGUGCCAACAUCGGCACCACCACCACCGCCAUUCUGGCUGCCUUGGCCAGCCCGGGCAAUACAUUGAAGAGCUCGCUCCAGAUCGCCCUGUGCCACUUCUUCUUCAACGUCUCUGGCAUCCUGUUGUGGUACCCAAUCCCGUUCACCCGUCUGCCCAUCCGCCUGGCCAAGUGGCUAGGCAACACCUCAGCCAAGUAUCGCUGGUUCGCCAUCGUGUACAUAGUCUUCUUUUUCUUCCUGAUCCCACUGAUGGUAUUCGGCCUCACGCUGGUCGGCUGGCCAGUGCUGUUGGGGGUGGGGGUGCCCGUCAUCCUGGUGCUGCUCCUGGUCUUGUGCCUCCGGCUCCUGCAGCUCCGCUGUCCACGCAUCCUGCCCAAGAAGCUCCAGAACUGGAACUUCCUGCCCCUGUGGAUGCACUCGCUGAAGCCCUGGGACCACCUCAUCACGCUGCUCACUGGCUGCUGCCAGCAGCGCUGCUGUUGCUGUCGUGUGUGCUGCCGCCUGUGCUGCCUGCUGUGUGGCUGCAAGUGCUGCCGCUGCAGCAAGUGCUGCGAGGACUUGGAGGAAGGCCACGAGAGCCAGGACAUCCCCAUCAAGGCCUCCCAGGACACGGCCACGAGCAAGGAGGCCCAGGGCGAGACCAAGCUCUCCAUCGAUACCCUGGUCACAAAGAGCACGGCUUUCUAAGGGACCCAAUCCAAGCUCCAGGGGUCGUCACAUUGGAUGUGCUCUGUCCCCUUUGUUUCUCAGUAACCCCCUCUUCCAACUCCUGGGGCUGUGGUCCCCACAGGUAGCAAGUGCACCUUGGGCCUGACGCUCACCUCCGGGGCCCAGGCUGUCAGCCCUGUUCUCUGCGUCUUCCCGCACAAAGGACACUCAUGUGGCACCUGGCUAGACAGCUGAUGCCUCUCCUUCCACAUGGCAGCUGCCCUAGGAUAUGCGUGCCCACUCCGACCACCCUCCAGGGAAGGAAAGGGGGAUCUAAGGUUGGGGGUGGUUACAGAGGUUCUCUAGGGUGCAGAGGUCAUUGUGAAUGUUCUGUUUGUGCAGACAUCCUUCACUCUGACAAACCCAGCAACUGUCUCUUCCCAACCCCCCAACCUCCUCCCUGUAGUGAAACCAAGAGCAACUACUGGUAUCCUUUCCUGUCUUGGCCCAGGUCCGGAGAGUGAGUGUAAUGGCUUGGAGACCUGGAGAAGUCCAUAUGUGUGACUUUGCCACAUCCAGUGCUCCCCAAAUCCCCUGCCAGGGCUUCCUCAACUGGGCAGGUAUGGCUAGUCCAAGCAGUUUACCUGUGGUAUCCUAGUUCCCAGGUUUCUUGGAAGGCAGUCGCACCUGCAGUCCAGAGGGAGGUUCAGGUUACUACCCACCUGUAAUUCCCACCUUCCCGAGCACAAGGGAGUCCUGUUCCCGAGCCAGGUCAAUGAUGGAGGAUGACAGUAUGGGAUGGGCAGCAUUUGGCAGGGCUGCUGUUUAUUUGCCAAGGAGGGGCCUCAGGUUCUUCACUGGGCUAAUUUAGAAGCCACAUUGCAGCUGUCACCUGAUGCCCUUCUCUUGGUCAGAUAACAGUCAUCCCUGUCAAAUCUUCUGGAUUAAGAAAUGAGAAUUCUGGAAGCCCCCUUCCUCCUCCGUUGUCCACCUUGAACUUCAGGAAGUGUUGUGUGUGGAUGGCUUCCACUUUCUGCCUCUUCUUUACUUCCCGGGCCAUCUUUCCUCCCAGCCAUCUAUCCACUGGGACCUUUUUCCUACCAUUUUCCAGUGAGCUUUGUUUCCCUCCUUCUCCCUGUGAAUGCAAAGCUCCACAAUUUUCUCCCAGGGCGAGGAACCCAAAGCAUGGCUGGGGUGUCCUCAGGGCUGGGGCCCAGGAUGGUGGGGCCCACCUGUGCUCAUCCUAGAUUCUCUUCCUGUGUGAGUCAUACUCCUGCUCUUCCUCCCCGUCCCAGUGCUCCUAGGCAAGUUUCAGCUUCUCUAGGACAGAGAGUUGGUACAGGUGCAUGCCAAGGUCCUGUGGCCCACCCUGCUCCUAUUCCCAGCCUCUCAUAGGUUAGGACACUGCUGAGCCCUCCCCAGAUACCCCUGUAUGGAUAGCAGUUCCCAACAGAGAUCUUUAUAUUUAUAGCCGUGCUCCAUGUACAGCAUUUUUCAUAAGUUAUAUGGUAAAUAGCGCCUGUGGUUUGUGUUUUGCAGUGCUCUCCUUCGGAAAUGAGGAAGGGUUCUCUCUAUGACAUGUAAAGAAAAGGCUACCUUUGUACAUUUUGUUACACACACUACCUUCUGAGUGUGCCCUUGCAGCCCCGCCCAUGCUACACCCUCUGUAAAUAUGUACGCUAAACCAGACAGCGGCUCAGGUCGACUUUGCGUUCUGACUUUUAA